AUGGCGUCGGCCUCUACCGAGACGGACACCUCCUGCGAAAGCAGCCAGAGCCAGGCGGCAGAAGUUGAGCUGGAUGAUAAAAGUGCAGGAAAAAACAGUGGGGCCAGUUCUGUUCGCCCGUUGACUUCAUCUCCUCGGCCGGUAAAAGCGGCACAGCGGGAGCUGAAGCGCAGACCGACGGAAUCGGAGGAGGUGGAAGAAGCGCACGUUCUGCCCUCGGUUUACGUGUCAACUGUCAAAUUCACCCCAGAGAGCAGGAUGAACCUGUACUGCGAUCACAUUUUAGCUUCUUGCAAGGCGGAAGAAGCAGAUGAAGCUAUGAGCAAGUACCUCACUGAAAAGCUACGUGCCAAAAGCACAUGGUUGGGAGUAUGGAAAACAAAUCCUGAGCUUUUCUUUGUAAAGUAUGAUGAAGGAUCUAUACCAUAUGUUGGUAUUUUAGUUGAGGUUACAUGUAGGCCACGACAGAGCCAAUCUUCUCAUCUGCGAGCUAAAGUAUCAGUUAUAGAACCAUAUUCUUCUAAUAUCGCUAAUCUACCAAGAGAACUUGUUGAGGAAGUUUUGGAUGAGUUAGACCACUGUGUUCCAUUGUUGGAAGUUUAUCCAAUAGAUGAUCAGGAUCCUGUUGUAUGCAGUAUUGCUCAAGCUCUGGAAAAUGUUAGGUUUUUUUAUGAUUUUCUAUGGAGAGAUUGGGAUGAUGAGGAAGGCUGUGAAAAUUACACUGCACUAAUAGAGGAGCGCAUACGUUUAUUUUAUGAUAUUCAAGACGGUACAAUACCAGGCCCUGUAGGCCAAAGAUUUAAAAGAACUCUGGAAAAAUAUAGGAACAAACGUGUAGAGCUGAUUGAGUACCAGAGCAAUAUAAGAGAAGACCCAUCAGCAGCUGAAGCAGUGGAAUGUUGGAAAAAAUACUAUGAGAUCCUAAUGAUUUGUGGAUUAUUAAAAAUCUGGGAAGAUUUGCGUCUUAGAGCACAUGGGCCUUUCUUCCCACGAAUACUACGACGCAGGAAAGGGCAAAGACCUUCUGGAAAAGUUGUUACUCAUAUUGUGGCAAAUAUGAUGACAGCUGACAUGGUUAAGGAUUUCUCUGCUCAUACGCUGAUUCAACAACAUGAUAACUUGGACGCAUCCUUGGAUAAUUGUUUCAGUGGUGACACAGUAGUAAUUUUUCCAGGAGAGUAUCAUGCUUCAGGAUUUGGAAUGCUAACAGAUGAUAUCAUCAUAAAAGGCGCUGGAAACCGUGAAGAAAUCGUAAUCUUAUCAGAUCCUACACAAGACAAUUUUGUCGCAUCUAAAUCCCAAAACAUUAGCUUAAUUCACCUUACUUUAGUACAGAAGGGAACUACUGAUGGCAUUGUGGUAGUAGAAUCAGGUCACAUGAUGCUUGAAGACUGUCUUUUGAAAUGCGAAGGCACUGGAGUUUGUGUACUCACAGGAGCAGCCUUAACCAUGAAAAACUGCGAAUUGACAGGAGCUCAGGGACCAGGUGUUGAGCUAUAUCCAGGAAGUGUUGCUUCUUUAGAAGGAAAUAAUAUACACAAAUGCAGUAAUAUUAAAAGUUCUGAUGUCCUCAAGAGCAUGUUAGGUGGAAUUAAACUGAAGGUUCUGCCACCACCAAAACUGAAGCUCCAUAACAAUUAUGUUCAUUCCAACAAUGGCUACGGUGUUACCAUAAUUCAGCCGGAUGAUAGAUAUUGUCAUGAUGCAGAUGAGAAUGUAUUGGAAUGUGCUGCAGGAGGUGAUAAGAGGGAUGAUCUUGUCAAAGCAAUGCAGAAUAUGAGUCUUGAAAUGAACAAUAAUAAGUUUGAAAACAAUUCAAUGGGAGAAAUAGGCGUAAUUGUUUGUUAAUUACUCUGAUGGGAAAUACUGCAAAUUAGAAAUGGUUGAAUUAGUCUUGAGUCAAAAACAGAUCCGUAAUUAACUGUUAACAUUUGUUCAAUAUUUUUUAUUUGUAAUGAAUACAUCAUUUAAGAAAGCAGUAUACCUCACAUUUAAACUCAAAAACAAAAAUUAAAAACGGUUCAUACGUUCUGUAUAUUAAACUAUUUAAUCUAGCUUCUCCAUCAACAUAUUGCGCAAUAUGAGUGAUCUGUUCAUUAUCUGUGGUUUUAAAACUUU